AUUUUUAAUUUAAUACAAUUCAGCAGCAGCAACAGCUAUAAUGUGUAUACACCCGAAGGCCAGCUAGUAUAAAUAAAAAAAAAAACGCAACUAUAAGUGUUUUUUGAUCCGAGACUAUAAUAAGUAUAAUAUCAUCCAACCGCUGUUGUAUCUUAUUAUGAACGUGUGCAACUUCCGCCGUGUUAUGUAGUCUGUUCGUCUCAAAAUGUCGAGCAAAGCUUUAACAAAAAUACUCCUCCUUUGCUCUGUGGCAGUGUCGCUUAUCCCGUGGGAAUGUGCAGCCACAACGACGGUUUAUAAAUGUGAUUCCAAUAACACCCAAGCAAUGGACGGCGUGACGUUGGAAAACUGUUCGGUGCCCAGAUGUCCGUUAAAACGAAACACCACGAUGCACGUUGAAAUCAAAUUCAAGUCGGAAUUCAACAUAAAGGACAUAAUCACAGAAGUGUACGGACACGUGUUCAACAUACCGGUUCCUUUGUUAGGAGUGGACAACAAAAGCGUAUGCAAUAAUAUAUUCACGGCGGACGGUGCUAAGACAACGUGUCCUCUGCUCAAAGGAAAUGAUUAUGUUUACAAAGACAUUGUCAGAAUACUGGAAGUGUACCCAAAGCUCAAGAUAAAUGUACACUAUAGUUUAAAGGAUCCUACGACAAAGAAGAUCGUCGCUUGUUUUGAAGUACCAGCAAAAAUCACCGAUUAGAUUAAUUAUUUAUAUAUAUAUAUAUAUUAAUUUAAAAAUAGAUAAACAAACAGUCUGAUUUGCUACUGAACACUUGCGUAUACACAAUAGUGUAUUGUAUAAUUUAAAAAAAAAAAAAAAAUACACACAA